GUUUUGAGGGUGCUCACAGCCCACUGUGCGACGUGCUUUUUAUAGUGUUUUUUCAUGGCGCAAUCAGUCGUCAUAAAAUACCCAAGCAAUUUUACUGCUUUGUAUAAGUACAUAUAGUAUUUAGGAAAGACUGAAAAGUAAAAAUCAAAAAUGUCAGAAAAGCUCAUUGUCACUGUGAACGAAGGAAAAAUUCGAGGAAUCAAACAACGAUCUGUGUUUUCUGAUACCGAAUAUUAUUCUUUCUUUGGAGUACCUUAUGGAAAACCACCUACAGAUGUGCUCCGGUUCAAGGAUCCAGUCAAAGUAAAACCUUGGAAAGAUAUAUACGAUGCAACGAUUGAAAGAGAAGGCUGCGUACAAUUUUCAUUACUGACUUACGAGCUUAUAGGAACAGAAGACUGCUUAUUUAAUAAUAUUCACACGACAAAGUUACCACGAAAUAAUGAUGCUCUUAUGCCAGUAAUUGUCAACAUUCAUCCAGGAGCGUUUAGCUUCGGUUCACCACAAACGAAAUUCUAUGGAUCUCCUGAAUUCAUAAUGCAUAAUGGCAUCGUAUACGUUUGUAUUGCAUACAGAUUACAUAUUUUGGGGUUCUUAAACUUGAGAUUAAAGGAAUGUUCGGGCAAUCAAGCAGUUAAAGAUAUAGUUUUAUCACUUCGAUGGAUUAAAGAUAAUAUACGUUCAUUUGGAGGCGAUCCGGACAACGUGACGUUAAUUGGGAGCAGCAGUGGAUCAAUGCUUACUCACACGUUAAUGUUAUCGCCUCUAGCCAAGGGUUUAUUUCACAAAGCUAUAUUGAUGGCCGGGCAUUUGAAUAGUUCAGUUUUACCUUUUCAAGAAACGAAUGAGGAUCAUGCCCGAGAAAUAGCAAAACAAUUCGGGUAUAACGGAAACUUUCAAGACAAUAAAAAAAUAUUGAUAUUUUUAAAAAAUCUAGAUACCUUGAUGCUGAUUGAAGGGUUCAGACGUUGCCAAAAAACUUUACAAGAGACUAUCGCUCCUAUCAUUCCGAUUUGCGUGUUCAACCCCACAUUUGAUCAAGGAGAUAUUUUACCAGACUUGCCGAAAAACUUGAUUAAAACAAUGACAAGAAUACCACUCAUGAUAGGAUUCUCACAAAUUGAAUCUGUAAUGGGGUUUGUUCGUAGUUUAAGGCCAUUAUCAGAGAAAAAUUUUAAAGGCUCUUUUCGUCAAAAUUUUUUUGGAUGGGGAUAUCAACUCAGCGACGAUGAAGUCCAGUCCAUCUACAAUGAAGUGGAAGCAUUUUAUUUGAAUGGUCAACCUAUCGAGCAAGCACCUCUUUCUGUCAAAAUGGAUAUUCAAAACGACAUACUGAUGUUCGACGUUUAUGAAACGAUCAUUAAUCCGAUAUCAAAAGACUUGCCCUCAUCCGUGUUCGUUUAUAAGUUCGAAUUCGAGGGAAAUAUACAUUCCAUGAAUACUACACUGAAAGACACGAUAGAUGAGCCAAUCAAAGGAACUUUUCACGCUACUGACUUUAGUUACUGGAAUCGAUUUGGCGACCCAAAGGAUAAAGAAACUCGUAAAAUGGUGGAAAUAUUCACUAAACUUGUUGCUACAUUCGCUCGAACAGGAAAUCCAAAUUAUGAAAAUUUUCCUGUGAAGUGGGAAUCAUCUACGCAAGAGAACCCGUGUUAUCUGAGUAUUAACAAUCCUAUGGUGAUGGUCGAUGGUAAAUUGAACAACGAUAGGGUGGAAUUUUGGGAAAAAAUACGCAAGAAGUACGCCAGGCCGAAUGACGAUGUUUUUGUACCUAGCUAAUUUAUGAAUCAAUGUAGGUACCUAUUUUUACUGUGCAAUAAUGCAACAUGUCGCAACUAACCAUAAUCCCCCACCUGCAUCGACGGUAAAAUUUCACAGUAAUUAUUCUAAUCAUAAACCCAUUCUCAUGAUUUUAAUGCUAUGUACCUACUAACAUUAUCUAAUAAAAAUAAGUCAAAUAGCUUGUUUGAGCUUAAAA